UCAGCAAUUGAUGAUCGAUCUCGGCAAUUGAAAGAUGCUGCCUUUAACCUGAAUUUGCUUGGAGAAAUUUCAGAUCUUAUUCAAGAAAUAAAUUCAAAAUCAACCGAGGUUGAUAGACUUGUCAAUGUUAAAUCACGACAAGCUAUCAAUUCAUCUGCCAAGAAGCUUCUUGAAGUUGAAAGGUAUCUGAUUAAUAUUGAACCCAAAGUGGACGAUAUCAAUUCUCGAGUGAAUAAAGACCUAUCUCUAACCAGUUUUCAACCAAAUUUGGCCAAGCCUUUAAAUACUAGCCGUGAUGAGUUGAGUGGUGCAAUCAAAGAUUUGAGUGACAAAAUCAACUCAGCAAAGAGAAGUCUUGUCUUUCAGCGACGAAUCUUUGACUUUGACGAGAAAACUGAGGAUCAACAGCACGAUAUUACCACCGCUCUUGCUUUUGUCAGUGCAGUUGACAUUGGAGACGAUCAUGAGCAAAUUGAAAAAUUAAAGAACCGUUGGCAAGUAUUUCUAACAGAUCUUCCCCAGUUGGUAAAUCGCGUGGAUGCUAGUCUUGUUGAAGGCCAAGAUUUAUCAAAUGACCUGGAGAUUUUGACGAAUUGCAGACCAUCAGACUUACAGCCCACGAGGUCUAAGGAAGAAAUUUUCGGGCUGACAAUUAAAGAGAUGGCAACACAACCUCAGUCUACGUAUCCAUUUUGCAAUGACGAAUCUGUCAAGACUGGUUUAGAUCAGGUACGAGCUCAAAUCGAAUGUCUGGCGCGAGAUAAAGGACUACUGCAAGAGCAAGUCCGUCUUGUUCAGGGAAGAAUUGAUCACACAGCUGAUAUUUCGCGUUUUAGCACUCUUGGGAAGGUUCCGUUGCCUCUUGGCCUGGGCACCUUCGUGGCUCACUGA